AUGGAAAAGUACAAGGUCGGCAAAUUCAUACUGGAGACGAAGAGAGUCGUCAAAGGCGCGGAAUGGGACGAGAGCGUAGAGGAGGAAGACAACGGCAUGGUGCUGGAGAAGGAAGGUGAGAUCGAGUUCGAUUCGCAGGACGAAGACGAAUGCGAGGACCUCUUCAGCGGCAUCUGGAGCCCCCAACUUGCGAGCAAGAGGAGGAAGCGCCGUGCCUACGGUGACAUUGACUUGUCGGUGUGA